AUGGCAUCCACAUCGUCGGUGGGAGCGGCGUCGCUCGCGAGUGCGUCGUCCGCAGCCGCCUUCUACACGCGCUUCAUCCAGGCCACCGAUGCGCUUCGCACGCACAUCGGCGAUGCUGCGGAUACGGCUGCGCUGCAUGCGGCUCUGCAACGACUUGCGGCGCUCAACGCCGAGCUGACCGCAGCGGUGGAUAGCGGCGUGCUGCCCGCGCACGAUCAGGCGCUCCACAGGCGUGCGCUCGACGAAAUCACCGCAACGCUCGAUCAACGCAGGCGCGCCAUCCAGCCUGCCAAGACAGUGGGUGCAGGCUUUGCGUUUCGCCGCAAGCCUGCCAAACCCACACCAUCAGCACCACAGCCGACCAUUACAGCCACCGAGCCGACAUCCACGACAUCUGCAGAAGACACGGCAGAUGCAGAUCGUCUGGCCAUCACAUCGCUCUCCGACACGUCGUACAUCCCUCCACCGCAACAAGAAGCGGUACGACUUUCGAUUCACGUUUGCGGCGUGACCAAUUCGCUCGUCGACUUGCGCUCGCUCAAUGCCAGCGUAGUGUCGGUGCAGCUGCGCGACAUCAGCGACUCUAUCCUUCUCCUGCCGUGCAUCGAAGGCAGCGUGAUGGCGCACGACAUCGUACACUCGCUCGUGAGCAUUCCUUCCUGCCACCAAUUCCGCAUGCACACCUCGACGCGCGUAGCCGUGCAGCUCGCCACGAAACGAUCGAGCAUCGUCGCCAUCGAAGCGUGUCGCAACCUCGUCUUCGUUGCCGACCCGCACGCGCUCAAGGUGCAGGACUUUGACGAUCUCAUCGGCAGCCACCAGCUCGCCUCCUCCACAUCGCACGUCGCUGCAGCCUCUUGCAACUUUCGCACAGUGCAGGCUUCCAUAUCCAUCGACGCUCCGGGCGCAACACAGACGGUCGCGGAUCGAAUCGACGAGGCGCUCACCACGUUGGGUGGCUAG